AUGAAGGAAGCUAGUGAAGCCCUGCGAGAUGCGGUGAAAGUAAUUCCACCAGAGGAGAGCGGUGGAUAUUCAAAUCAGGGUUUGUUUUGGGAUGGAAGUGACGUAUGGAUGCUACCGGUGGAAGGAGGGGAUGUGAAAGGGAAAGGCAAGGAGACGGAUUUGGGCGUUUCGUCAGGGCGGCAGGGCGAAGAUGCUCGUCAGGCUGUCGCGACGCGUGCGCAAGUGCUGUUGCAGCAGCUGAAGAGUAAUCCCGAGAUUAUCAAGCUUGAUCCUGAGGCUGAUGCGGCGAAGGAGACGUUCCAUGCUUGGGUGUCUGAGGCGCAGGGCAAGGAUGAACACCUUGGUACUAAAUUCUGGUCAGAACGCAUCGCAAAGACGCUGUCUGAUCCAGAUGAUGGCCAAACGCUGCAGGAGACGUUCGAUGCACUAGUGCCUUCGAUUCUUUCUGACGACGAAUUCUGGACACGAUACUUCUUCCGCGUGUAUCAGAUCGAACAAGAAGAAAUGAGACGCAAGGCUCUUAUCCACGGAGCAAACCAGACUGAAGAAGAUUUCAGCUGGGAAGAUGACGACGAGGAAUCCGGGGCCCCUGAAUCUAAAUCCCUCGGAGCGCUCGAGUCGUCAAUGGUAUCACAACGUACGCUGGCGCCGAAAGCAGUAGACGCGAGCGACGUCCUAUCGCUCCCAAAUUCUUCGCAAUUCAAUACUCCUAUGACUAUGAGUCCUAGGGACAGCGAGGACAGUUAUGAUGUUAUUUCUGGUAACGUCAGUGCUGCAGGAGAUGCACAGGAACAUGUACAGAAGAAUGAAGAAGAGGAAGAGAGUGAUUGGGAGUGA